CUUCUCUUUCACAAACUUCACCCAGAAAUGGGAGAGUUGCUCACAGUCGCCAAGCCGGCGCGCGUUCGACGAAGGACAAAGGCCCCACUCUCGGACAGUGCGGCCGCAGCCCAAGGCGCGAAUGGGGCUUCCUCGUCGACACCAAAAGCUGGGCCAUCGCGCUCAUCAAAACGUGCCGCCGGCCCGUCGUGGGACGUGAUCCCCAUCGCACGGAGUGAAGUUUCCUCUGUCCCUCCAGUAUGGUCGAACGAUGGUCGCUUCUACUUUGCCGCGUCGUCCACCGGCGUAGCGGUCCACUCCUCCGAGGCGCCAAACUUUAAGCGCCUCUCCACCCUCUCUUCCACCGACCGCAAUGGCCACACCAAGCCCAUCACGGCGCUCAUUCUCCACCCUACCAACCAGCUCCAGUUGAUAACGGCCUCGCUCGAUGGUACCAUUAAAAUUUGGGACUGGGUCGAGGGGCGCCACAUCCGCACUAUCCGGCUCGUGGAGGACUCCUCGAUCAGCCAGAUCAGUGUCGGGCAGGUCGGCGAGAAGUGGUGGAUCUUUGCGACCGUCACCAACGCCAAGAGCGGCAAGAAGCCCAAGGACGACGACUCGCAUCUCCAGCACCGUGUGCUCCGAGUUCAGCUCGCUCCCGUCACACGGCCAGCCUCGGCGACUGAAAAUUGGUGCCACCCCCAUACUAUCGUGGGUAAGCUUCGUGCCGAGCCCAAGACUUUGAUGAUGUCUCCUCGCGGAACAUAUCUCGUCGCCCUCGCGGGUACCAAGGCCUACGUGUACCGGUUGCCAAAGGACCCAGCCGAGGACCACUGGCGCGCAAACUGUGUCAAGUUUGUCUCGGACCAAGAGUUCACCUGCGGCGCAUUCGCCCCCGAUCGCAAGGCUGGCUCGAAGCAAGAGGAGUGGUUCGCUACCGGUGACCGCCGUGGUAUUAUCCGACUGUGGCACGGCCUCGGCCAAGCUUUCCGCCAGCUCGACGCUGCUGCUGCUGCGGACGAGUCUGCCGACAAGCCCGUGUACGCGGAAACGGAGAAGCGUCUCCCCACAACAUCACUGCAUUGGCACGCGCACGCUGUCGCAGCCCUCACGUUCAGCUCUGGCGGCGCCCAGAUCCUCUCGGUCGGUGAGGAGAGCGUGUUGGUCCAGUGGCACCUUGCCUCCGGCAAGCGCGAGUACAUCCCCCGCCUCGGCGGCCGGCCACUACUUAGCGUUACCGUCAGGCAAGGGUCUCGUGGUGUCGAGGACGAGUACUGGAUGGGCCUCGCCGACGGCUCGGUCAUCCGUGUCGGUGCUGCCACUGGCCAGGUCUCGCCUGUCGGCCAGGGCGUCCGUCUCGACCCCCUCCGCCCAACAACAUCUGGACCGUACCCCCUCGCCGUCCACCCCUCGACCAAGGCAUUGGUUGUUCCCUCCUCCUACCCCUCGACAUUGCAGUUCAUCGACCCAUUAGCAUCAUCGGUGCUGUUCGAUCUCGAAGUGGCCCCCUCGAACCGUGUGUCGAAGCGCGACGACAAGCAGCUUUCGCCGAUUGCCGUUGAGCAGGUUGCCUUUUCUCCUGCUCGCGAUGGCCGGUCAGAGUGGAUGGCCACGGUGGAAGGACGCAAGCGUGACGAGGACGAGGGUGGCGGUUUUGUCCAGACCCUCAAGUUUUGGCGCUGGAACGGCGAGCGGUACAUUGUCAACACUCAGUACCCUCGUCCCCACGGCUCGGAGACCAUUGCUUCGCUGUCGUUCAGCGCGUUGGGACCCGACCAGGAGCCUCUGGCGUUGACUGCUAGCUCGUCUGGCACUGUCAAGAUCUGGCACCCCCGACAGACCAAGAAGAGCGACAAUGGAAAAUCUUCCAAGAAGCCUGCCAUUACAGACUUGUACUGGACGUCGCGCUCAACGUUCAAGUACCGCUCGCUUGGUGUGUCUUCGGCGGUCUUCUCUCCCGACGGCACCCUCGUUGCGCUAGCCCACGGCUUUGUUGUCAGCUUGUGGGACACGGAGAGCAACGUGCUUGUGCGCACGCUCGAGUCGGCGGUCGUUGCCAAGAAGGUGGCUUUCGCCGGCAGCGAGGGCCGUUACCUCGUGGCCACCGGCGCGCCGAAGGGCGUGACUGUUUGGGACCUGUUGUCGUGCGAGGCAGUGCACUCCAAUGUCAACCAACUGGUUGAAGUGCUCCUCGGUCUGCCAACGGGCUACGCCAUCGCGCACGGCACAGGGACGGACACGGACGUGACGACGCUGGCGUUCUUUGGCCCCAACUCCGCUCCCCAGCAGACGAUCCACUUGAAGUCCAAGUUUGCGGCGAUCGCUGCGCUGCCUUCGGCCAACCACCACUUGGUCGGCAUUGCGACGACUGGCGAGAUCUACCGCUUCGGCUACCAGCAGGCGUCGGCGGCGCCAGCGGCCCGCGCCAUCUCUGCUGCUCCGGGCUCGCGCGCCACUUCCAUCUGGCAGGAGAUGUUUGGCAAGGACGCAUUCUUGGACGACCUCGACGACAAGGCCGAGCCCGAGCAGGAGGCGGUCGCCGUCUCGGCUCUGCAGCGCCGUGCUGCUGGCCACCCGGCUCAGGUGUUUGACGGCCCAAGUCAUACCCUUCCGCCAGUGGGCAUGCUGUUCGACGCCUUCAUGGACGAGCUGCUGGGGUCGAGGGGCGAGGAGGAGACGCAGGCCACGGCCGAGGUCAUCGAGUACGACGUUGCGCCUACGAUUGGCGCUGCGCCGAUGGUGUUCGACUCGGACGCCAUCAGGAACGUGCGGGAUGUCGACGUUGCCGAGCUCGAGGUCUACUUCCGGGACCUGCUUGCGUCGGCACCGGCCAAGCCCAAGGCGGCGGCAGCGGCGGGCCUGGGCAAGGCGAAGGCGAGGCCGAACGGUGUUCCUGUGGCUGGGCGUUCCGUGUCGACGCCAGUCAAGGCGUCGAGCAAGGUGGCCAAGAGCAGCCCUGGGACACCGGACGAGCCAGAGGUGGUCGAUGGGAAGCGGAGGAGCAAGAAGCGCAAGGCGCCGCGCAUGAGCGAAGUGUAAGAGAAGUGCAUUGUUGCGUAUCAUUAGUAGUAUUAUGCAUUAUAGCAUCUUGUUAGCG